GCAGCGUGGUGGAGGAGUGCAGUGGGGUGCUGAAGUCUCAGAGAGUGAGACAGCUAGAGUCACACAGAGACAAGAGACCAGGGGAGACAGAAGAGAACAGAGACAAGAGGAAUAGAAGAGAAGCCCCUCGAGAAAAAGAGGUGACACCAAGGCACAAGACAUCAGAGCAUGGAACCAGGGGUGUGCAACAGGGCUAACAUGCUGGUGUGUAGGCUUUGGAAGGCUGUUAGUCGAGCACUGUUUGCUGAGUUCCUGGCCACCGGGCUGUAUGUAUUCUUUGGCGUGGGCUCGGUCCUGCAAUGGCCCUCUGCACUUCCCUCGGUGCUGCAAAUUGCCAUCACCUUCAACCUGGCCACAGCCACAGCUGUGCAGGUCACCUGGAAGGCCAGUGGAGCCCAUGCUAACCCUGCUGUGACACUGGCCUUCCUUGUGGGCUCCCACAUUUCUCUGCCCCGGGCUGUGGCCUAUGUAGCUGCCCAGCUGGCAGGGGCUACUGUGGGGGCUGCUCUGCUGUAUGGGGUCACUCCAGGGGACAUCCGAGGGACCCUUGGAAUCAACAUGGUCCAUAACAGCUCCUCAACUGGCCAAGCGGUGACAGUGGAGGUGAUUCUGACCCUGCAGCUGGUGCUCUGUAUCUUUGCUUCCAUGGACAACCGUCAGGCGUUGGGCUCCCCGGCUGCCAUGAUUGGGACCUCUGUGGCAUUGGGCCACCUCAUUGGGGUCUACUUCACUGGCUGCUCCAUGAACCCAGCCCGUUCAUUUGGUCCUGCUGUCAUCAUUGGGAAGUUCACAGUCCACUGGAUCUUCUGGGUGGGACCCCUGACAGGGGCUGUUCUGGCUUCACUGAUCUACAACUUUAUCCUGUUCCCUGACACCAAGACCCUGGCUGAGCGACUGGCCAUCCUCAUGGGCACCACAGAAGUGGAGAAAGUAGGGGUGGAACCCCAGAAGAAAGAAUCCCGGGCCAGUUCAGGAGAUGCUGAAAUGGGAUCUAACUAUGCUGCCCAGGCUGGCCUUGAACUCGCAAUCCUCCCAUCUCAGCCUCCCGAGUAGCUGGGAUUACUGGUGUGCAUCACCAUGCCUGGCCACCACAUUUAUAGACAGAAUCUGGGAGCAGAUCUUUCCAAUUCCCUCCCCUAGGCCUUCUCCAUCUCUUAAUGGGACAGAGCAGUGGGAGGGAGAGGACUUUAUGAAAGCCUCCCCUUCUCUUACCCAGCUGGACCUCAGUGGCACUCCUGAGUCUCCAUAUUCCUAUCUUAAGGAAGAAGAACUGGAGAUCAGACAGCCCUUCUGUCCAGACUCUCACCAGGGGACCUCAGGGAGCCUUUGGGGAGGAGGGGAUAGGCUUCUAGGAAGAACUGGGCCCUUGAGAAAGCCUCUGAGCUCCUCAAAGGAAUUUCUCUGUCACUAUGUGUGGUUUGGAGGCUAUGAUUCCCCUAUGUCUGACUGGGGGCUUGCUGAAGACAGAGAUUACCCUGGAAGGUCCCCAGCCUUGGGAAGAGUUGUCAUAUUGAGGAAUCUUUCCUCUGGCUGGCAAAGGGACAGGAUAUAAGAAGGGAGCUCUAGGCCAGACCAACCUGACUCAGACCAUGAUCUCCCUAGGAGUUUGCCUAACCUUCCACUCCUCAGCCCAUCACAGGACCCAUCCUGACAGGAGAAGCCCUCAUUCCUGCCCUCAGUUCAUGACCUGGGCCAAAAGAAGCCUCAUUCUCAGUAUCCAGGAUCCCUAAAAAAGCUGUUGAAUAAGUCCUAGGGACUGUGGAAACAGGAAUCACUCAGAACCAAAAACUCAAGGUUCAGUACCUCUGAAAGACUAUUGGAGGCUGAACUGGUUUGCCAAAGUUUAAAGGUUGUUAAAAAUUUACUAAGCCCAUAACUUGGGGUACAAUCUGGCUUUCAGAUUCUCCAGCUAUAAAAUGGGCACAAGUCCUCCCCAUGGUCUGCUAUGAAAAUAAGAGGUUAGAAAAUGCUUUUGGAAGUUAAAAUGCUAGAAAAACAAUCCCAAUAAAUGAUGAUUAUUAUUGCUUUACUGUAA